AUGCUACUCAGACCCGAAGUGUUAGGGGUACUUCUCUAUGCAGUCAGCUCGGUAGAAGCAGCAGAUGCGAAGUCUGCCGAGUCUGGCAGACCGCGAGGCGUAGGUCCUGAAUUCGCCAAAUUCUACAAAACAAGCGACAACUUCUUCUCCUGUAUAUCGAAUCCCUCCCAGCGUAUACCAUUCUCCCAAGUGAACGAUGACUACUGUGAUUGUCCCGAUGGUUCAGAUGAGCCGGGAACCGCAGCCUGCUCAUAUCUGACCCCGUACUCCUACCCUCAGCCUCAUCUACGUCCAGGAUCUAGCCUCACUCCAGAGAAUGAGACACUAGCACUGCCUGGCUUCUACUGCAAGAACAAAGGACACGUGCCUGCCUAUAUACGCUUUGAGAACGUCAAUGAUGGAGUCUGUGACUACGAUGCAUGUUGUGACGGCUCAGAUGAAUAUGCUGGUGUGGGUGGUGUAAAGUGUGAAGAUCGUUGUGCAGCAAUUGGAAAGGAGUGGAAGAAGCAGGAGGAGGUACGGCAGAAAGCACAGCAGCGAGCGCUUAAGAAGCGGAAGGAGCUGCAGUUUGAGGCUGAUAGGAGACGGACGGAGCUGAAGGACAAGAUUGAGGCGGGGAAGAUUAGGGUUCAGGGCUUUGAGAGGAAGAUAGUCGAGGCGGAAGAGAAUCUGAAGGAGGUGGAGAGAAGGGAGAAGUUGAGGCUUGUGAAGAGUGAUGCACAGGGUAAGGGCAGAGGCAGGCUGGGUGUACUCUUGAAUCUGGCGAAAGAUCGAACAGCAGAGUUAAGGGGUGCCCUUACGAAGGUCAAGAAGCAGAGAGAGGAUAUGGUUGCGAGGGUCUCCGAGCUAGAAGCAUUGCUGAGCGAGUUGAAAGAGACAUACAACCCGAACUUCAAUGAUGCUGGCGUCAAGAAGGCGGUACAAGGCUGGGAAGACUAUGCUGCUAGGGAGUCAACCGACACCUGGACUGAUGCCGAAGAUCGAGAUCUGACAGAAAUUGCCAAGGAAGAUGGUAGUGAAUCUGGCGUCAACUGGGCAGAGUUUGAGGAGAGUGAAUCGGAACAGACAGCCAGUGACGCAGCAGCAAUUUACUCACUCACAUCAUAUCUACCCGGACCAUUACAGAACUGGCUCGGCAGCACAAUGAGCAGCCUUCGACAAAUCCUCAUCGACAACGGUGUCCUGCCUGACAACACAAUACAUGCCAACCUCGACGACUCAGCAGCCGUCAAAGAAGCACGAAAAUCCCGCGACGACUCACAACGCGACCUGACCGAGGCCCAAAACGGGCUGAAACACGACGAAGAAGACUUAACCAAAGACUACGGUCCAAACGGCAUCUUCCGCGCUCUCAAAGACCAAUGUACAGAAGGCGACUUCGGCGAGUACAAAUACUCUCUCUGCUUCAUGCAAAAGACCACACAACAACCCAAAAAAGGCGGCGGACAAACCAACAUGGGCAGUUUCACUGGCUUUGAAACAGAAUUUACCGACGACGAUUUGCCUUCAGGUGGUAAAGGUCUGGGCCGCGGCGAGCGAGUAGUCAUGAAAUACGAGAAUGGCCAACACUGCUGGAAUGGACCUGCUCGAAGUACGAGGGUGAUUCUCGCGUGUAGUGAAAGUGAAGAAAUUUGGAAGGUUAGUGAGAGUGAGAAGUGUGUUUAUCGUAUGGAGGUUGGGACUGCGGCUGUGUGUGGGUGGGAGGGGAGUGCGAGGGAGGCUGAGAAGGGGCAGGCUAGUGUUAAGGACGAGUUGUAG